CCCAGCCCGCGGCCUGAGGGAGCGCCCCAGCGGCGGGGCAAGAGGGGUCUGUGAGCAUGGAGACAGAGCAGGAGUCCUCUCAGGAGGAGGAGGAGGAGGGCCAGGAGGAGAAGGAGACAGAGGAGGAGGGCGAGGAGAAAGAGGGCGAGGAGGAGAAGGACGAGGAGGAGAAGAAAGAGCAGUCGGAGCAGGAGGAGGAGGAAGAGCAGGUGGUGGCUCCCUGUCCCCUGACGGAAGAGGUACUGAAGGAGGGCCUCUCGCUCCUCUGCAAGACAAGCGAUGGUCUGGCCCAUGCUUAUGUGAAAUUUGAAGCCAAGUUAAAGGACUUGACAGACAUCAGCCUCCUUGAGUGCUUCAUUCACCUGCGGUAUGUGGAUUUGUCAGAGAACAAGUUGAAAGAUUUGUCUCCACUGAGCAACCUAACCCAGCUCCUUUGGCUGAAGGUGGAUGGCAAUCUGCUUGCUAGUGCCUGCAUGCAGGAGCUGCCCUACCUUCAGAUCCUCAGCUUUGCUCAGAACCGCAUCAAGAACAUGGAGGGCAUUACACACCCCCUCUUAGCCAACCUCAGCCUCAAAGGCAAUAAAAUUCAGACAUUGCUGGGCCUGAGCCACGGCCAACUGUUCAGCCUGCAAAUCCUGGAGCUGCGAGGAAACAAGAUAGAGAAAACAGCAGGACUGAAUCUUCCCAAGCUCAAGGACCUCUAUCUGGCCCAGAAUGCCAUUCAGAGCCUCGAAGGCCUCGAGGGACUAGGACAGCUGACAACUCUGCACCUGCGUGACAACCAGCUUGAGACCCUGGAUGGAUUUUGUAGUAGCAUGAAGUGCCUGCAGUACCUCAAUCUACGGAGCAAUAGGAUCAAUAAUCUUAAGGAGGUAGCAAAACUGCAGGUCCUCCCCAGCCUGCAGGUACUGGUGCUGUUGGACAACCCAUGUUCUGAUGAACAAAAUUACCGGAUAGAGGUCCUGGUCUUGCUGCCAAACCUGCAACGCCUUGACAAGGAGUUAGUUGAGGAAGAUGAGCAGGCAGAGGCAAAAAAAAUCUCCCAGGAACGACAGGAAGAACAAAAGGAAAUGGAAGGAUCUCUCCAGGAUGAUGUGACUGAGUGACUUCUGGUUUUAAACCUAUUCCCAAACUCAGUCAAGAGUUUAAGAUGUCUUCCCUCACAUGUGCAGCUGGGAAAGUGAGAGCUGCAGGUAGCAGAGCGACUUUCACCUAAUUUUACCCCUGGAGAGGAGGGCUACCCAUCGUGGUCCUGCAAGGUACCCUGAGGUAAUGCAGUGUUUUCACAGUCACUGCACUCGUGCUCUAGUCUUAAUAGGGCCGAGAGGAAAAAGGGGAAAGGGGAGGGUUACAGACUCUGUAGUUCACUUUAUGUUGCAAAAAAAAUCCUA